AUGAUCCCAGAAGCCACACUCAUCGGGCUCUUUUCACGAUUCCCUGACGCAACCUACACACUCACUGGCGACACUAAACAGCUGCCUCCUUUCGUAGGCACUCAAAAGGCUCAUCGCGCAGCUGCUCUUUGCUCCCAAUCAGUUCUCGAGGUCGCGAAACGCGUAGAGAACGCGCCGACCUGCAAGAUCAGCACCGUAUAUCACCCGCAUGCCAGGAUGAUGGAGCUGAAUUCUUAUAUUUUCUAUAACAACGAGCUCGUAUGCGGAACACCCGUUGACGAACGCCAAGCGCUACUUCGUUUGCUGCCUAUGCCACACAAAAAGAUUCCAAUCGCAUUCGUCGACGAGCUAGGCAAAGCCGUAAAAUCCAUCACAGGCUCUCAGAGUAACGAGACAUUAGGAUUAUUUGCCUCUAUCGCGACCAGCUCUACCUCCAACACACAUGUCACCAUCAAGACUGUUGAUAGCGCACAGGGUUCAGAAAAGUCCACCGUCAUAUUAUGCACUACGCGCACCAAAGUGCUAGGUGCUAACCUCACCUUUUUCGAUGACCCCAAACGCCUUAAUGUCGCACUGUCCAGGGCCCGUGUUCGUCCUCGGCUCGGUACCGUUAAUGGAGAGUUCNCCCCUAUGGGGUUCUAUUAUCCGUUGGUGCCGUUCCCGCUGCGUACUCGCCACCCUAGAUUUUUUUCGGGACCGCGUAACCCCCACACAUUAACCCCACGAGUCCGAGGUCGGACUCUUUGUAAAAGGGGAAGAUGUAAAGGAUGGGUAAAGCGCGAGUUAGAAGAAUGCAUUUAUUAG